GUUUCUAUUUUCAGUACACAACUGACGUUCAAUCAAUGUGCAACUGUUUUGUUCCACUUUAACUACAAAUUCAUGUUUUUUAUAAUUUAAUCACAAUGAAAAUAAGGGGUUUCAUUUUUAUCACACUAUUGAUGACUUUGCUCAGCUUAAGCUAUAGCAGUGAAACUUGCCAGAAGCUUAACAAUAUCACAGCGGCUGAUCUGGAUAGCGUACCACGGGAUGUUCCAAUCGAAGAUUUGCCGGAUAAAUUUAAGUGCUAUUGCAAAUGUUUGCUGAAGGAUGCCUCGGAUGAUGAUGGCAAGCUCGAUGUGGAGCUGGCACUUAAGACUCUGAAUUACAAUAAUCGCGAAAAAUUGGAGAAGUGCAAGAACUUAUACGAUCACAUGGAGACUAAAUCAUGUAAUUACGCAGCUUUUGUUUUUAGCUGCUUACAUGUGGAUUAAAUGACCGGAGCACUCAGUUAUGAAAGACCAAAUUGAUGUAAAUUA